AUCGCGGCUUCCGUAGCAAGAAGAGGCGGAUGACUGCUUCUCUUGACGUGGAAUAUUUCCGUGCAGAGACGAUGGAGAAGUAGCAGCCCGGCGAACCUGGAAACCAUCAGAUCCAGACGGGAUUUUAAGCCCUGAAACCCAGUCAGGUCCGGCUCGUUCCGGAUCCGACAGAACCCAGUCCAGUAGAGGCUGAAGCCGCCGCGCUCUCCGCCUCCCCCCUUCAGCUACAAUCAUGAUUAAAGCCAUUUUAAUAUUCAACAACCACGGCAAACCGAGGCUUUCUAAAUUCUACGAACAUUAUAAUGAAGACACAGAGCAACAGAUCAUCAGGGAAACUUUCCACUUGGUCUCGAAAAGAGACGAAAACGUCUGCAAUUUCCUAGAAGGCGGAUUGUUGAUUGGAGGAUUGGACUACAAGCUGAUCUACAGACACUACGCCACCUUGUACUUCGUGUUUUGUGUCGACUCAUCAGAGAGUGAAUUAGGAAUUUUAGAUUUAAUCCAGGUUUUCGUGGAAACGCUGGACAAAUGCUUCGAGAAUGUCUGUGAGCUUGACUUAAUUUUUCAUGUAGACAAGGUCCACCACAUUCUGGCGGAGAUGGUGAUGGGCGGGAUGGUCCUGGAGACCAACAUGAACGAAAUCAUCACGCAGGUGGACGCCCAGAACAAGAUGGAGAAAUCUGAGGCUGGCAUCGCAGGAGCACCGGCUCGCGCAGUGUCAGCGGUAAAGAACAUGAACCUCCCGGAAAUGCCCAAAAACAUCAACAUCGGCGACAUAAGCAUAAAAGUGCCAAAUUUACCUUCCUUCAAAUAGCGGCAGCAAGAUCCAUGAACCUUGAGGUGUCAGCCGAUGUUUACCGCGAUGCGAUAUGUUUACCAAAACUUCAGAUUACUAACUUUUAUCAGUCUGGAAGGUACUGUGUGAUUUCACACUCCAUGUUGUGAUGUUUUCUCCUUGGGUUUAUUGUUGAGCAACAUAUUAAAUGUUUUGGGGUUUUUUUUCUGUCUGAAGGACAAAAGAGAAGUAUAUAUCAGAUUUACAUUCCUUCUGCUUCAUCGCAGGUUGGCUUGUAGCAUUCAGCACCUUCAUUACAGAUCUGUGGCGUUUUGUUACUGAAAGGAAAUGAGAAACCAACACAAGUGUUUACUUUAAAGAGGGAGGAUAGGUGAUUUUUGGUGGGGGGGCAGAUACAUUCAGAUGAAGAAUAUGAAGUAAUUCCAAAUCAGCCGUAGUGUUUGGAUAUAAAUUACAGAACGAUAGUAAAUUAGGGAGACUAAGGAAUUUAGACAUACAUAAAUGCUGAUUUUGUUUGAUUUUUCUGAUUGGUAUGUGGACCAUUUUAAAAGAUUUGUCAUGUUUCAUGGAAUGAUUAUGUUAAUUUUCUGCUGUGUAUGACCUUACUUUGCUUCUUUUUCAACAAUAAACUGUCAAAACUCAA